UUUUCAGCGCGUGUCGCGGCCACGCGGAUCGCGCGCUCCGUAAUUCAUCGUGCGGAACACCAGCCGCCGCAGUCGUUUCACGCCGAUCUGUCGGCGAGCUCGACUGGUCAGCGACCGGAGAGAGCCACGCGCGGAUUGGCUGCCGAGCUGCCUCGGCGAAGCGCACGCGCCGCUUCAUCAUCGUCGAAGCGCGAACGCUCUAUUGCACCGCUCGAGUAACAUCACGUGAUCGACGAAAGAUCGGAACCUUACGGCAUCCACGUGUUUGUCCGGUUGCAGUCUCCUCCUCGAGCCGCGCGUCGGACGCGGAACCGCGAGCGCGCGGAUUCACGAAUUGCACUCGACGUCGGUUUGCACGCCUGGAUUAUGUUCUCUGUUUUAUAGGACUGCGAAGACAUUGAUAAGAGACGAGUCGCUCCGUGGAGAUGAUUAGAAACGUCGCUGUGGGCAUAUCUGGCGGCGUCGACAGCGCCGUGGCAGCUCAGCUGAUCAAAAACAAAGGGUUUAAUGUCACCGGAGUGUUUAUGAAAAAUUGGGACAUUAAAGAUGAAACGGGAACGUGUGCCGUCGAAAGAGAUUACGAGGACGCUCGAUGGGUCUGCGACAGGCUGAAGAUACCCUUGAUGCAGGUGGACUUCGUGAAGGAAUAUUGGAACGAGGUCUUCAGUGAUCUCAUAGAAAAGUACGAGACUGGGUACACCCCGAAUCCAGAUAUUUUGUGCAACAGGAACAUCAAGUUUAACAACUUUUUCAACUUGGCGCGCAAGAGAUUUCAAGCGGACGCAAUCGCGACGGGUCAUUACGCCAGAACGAGCUUUGGGUCCUACCUGGAAAAUUAUCAAGAAGACACCAGCAAGUAUUUCACAAAAUUGUUGCAACACUUAAAACCCCUUGAUGCUAUUAGGGGUGUGAUUUAGUUUUGAGGGUUUUUUUUGC